AUGAUUCAACAUCCAUACAACUUCAUAUCUGUUCUCUUACUAAAUUUCCCUUUAAAACCAAACCAAACCAAACCUUUCACAAACACAUCAUCAUUCAUCACACUACACACACAAAAUGACCACUCUAGACUCAACCAAGCCAACUAGCAACGGCAUUGCCAAAGCAAACGGGACUGCUGCCUCCAUCCAUCCGUCGACCCCAUCGACCGCAGUUUCCACCAUGGACGCUACUCUAGGCCGCCACCUAGCACAGAGGCUAGUUCAAGUCGGUGUCACCGACGUUUUCUCCGUUCCCGGCGACUAUAACCUCCUGCUGCUCGACCACCUCAUCGCUGAGCCGGGACUUACCAAUAUAGGUUGCUGUAACGAGCUCAAUGCGGGGUAUGCAGCAGAAGGUUACGCCAGAUCACGUGGCGUCGGAGCUUGUGUGGUUACAUUCACUGUUGGUGGACUUAGUGUCAUUAAUGCUAUAGCUGGAGCUUAUAGUGAGAAUUUGCCUCUUAUUUGUAUCACUGGUGGACCAAACUCCAAUGAUUAUGGAACUAACAGGAUUCUUCAUCAUACCAUUGGGUUGCCUGAUUUUACUCAAGAAUUUAGAUGUUUUCAAACUGUUACUUGCUUCCAGGCUGUGGUGAGUAACUUGGAAGAUGCUCAUGACUUGAUUGAUACAGCAAUAGCAACUGCACUGAAAGAGAGCAAGCCUGUUUAUAUAAACAUUAGCUGUAACUUGCCUGGACUUCCUCACCCAAGUUUCAGCCAUGAACCUGUCCCCUUUUCACUCAGUCCUAAAUUGUCUAAUCAGACGGAGUUGGAGGAAGCAGUUGAGGCAGCAGCAGAGUUUCUAAACAAAGCAGUGAAACCAGUACUAGUUGGUGGUCCUAAACUGAGAGUAGCAAAAGCAUCUGAUGCCUUUGUCAAACUAGCUGAUGCGAGUGGUUACGCUUUUGCAGUGAUGCCAUCGGCUAAAGGGAUGGUCCCUGAGGACCAUUCUCAUUUCAUUGGAACUUACUGGGGGGCUGUGAGUACUGCAUUCUGUGCUGAGAUUGUUGAAUCAGCUGAUGCAUACUUGUUUGCUGGUCCUAUUUUUAAUGACUACAGUUCGGUUGGGUACUCAUUUCUUUUCAAGAAAGAGAAGGCGAUUAUCGUGCAGCCCGAUCGCGUUGUGAUUGGUAAUGGACCUGUAUUUGGAGGUGUGAUGAUGGAGGACUUCCUUAAGGCACUUGCAAAGCGUAUCAAACACAACAAUGCUUCCUAUGAAAAUUACCAUAGGAUAUAUAUUCCAAAUGGGAAACCUUCGAAGUCAGGACCAAAAGAACCUUUGAGAGUUAAUGUUAUGUUCCAACAUAUUCAAAACAUGCUGUCUAGUAAAACUGCGGUAAUUGCUGAGACUGGGGACUCAUGGUUUAACUGCCAAAAGUUAAAAUUACCCGAGGGAUGCGGGUACGAGUUUCAAAUGCAAUAUGGUUCAAUUGGAUGGGCUGUUGGUGCAACUCUUGGCUAUGCACAAGCAGUCCCUGAGAAGCGAGUGAUUGCUUGCAUCGGUGAUGGAAGCUUCCAGGUAACUGCUCAGGAUGUAUCGACAAUGUUGCGAUGUGGUCAAAAAACCAUCAUCUUUCUGAUAAACAACGGCGGAUACACUAUUGAGGUUGAAAUUCAUGAUGGGCCAUACAACAUUAUCAAGAACUGGAAUUACACUGGAUUGAUUGAUGCAAUUCACAAUGGUGAAGGAAAAUGUUGGACUACCAAGGUACACUGUGAAGAGGAGCUUGUAGAAGCCAUUGGCACAGCAACAGGACCAAAGAAAGACAGCUUUUGUUUCAUAGAAGUGUUUGUUCACAAGGAUGACACUAGCAAAGAGUUGCUUGAAUGGGGCUCCAGGGUCUCUGUUGCCAAUAGCCGUCCUCCAAAUCCUCAGUAAAUUUCAGCAUCUGUCUAUUGUUGCUACAUUGAUGAAAUUUCAACUUGAUUCAAAAAAUUGGGAGCUCUUUUAUUGAUGACUUGGUUGUUUAUGCAACCAAGUCUACUUUUAUAUGAAUUCAGUCAUUUGAAUAAAUGGGAUGCAUCCCUCUUUUGAUUGUAAUGUACUUUGCAGCUUUGAGAUUAUUAAGAGUGAUUUUUAUUUGGCUAAA